UAGUUACGAAUUAACUCCCCUUUUCAGCGAAGAAUGGAGUGAUGGCGAUCUUCAGUGUUUACAUCAUCAACAAAGCCGGUGGUUUGAUAUACCAAUAUGACCACUCCGGAGCCAGACCCGAGGUGGAGAAGACAUUCAGUUACCCUAUUGAACUGGUGCUCAAGAUUCACGACGAGAAACUUGUAGUGGCAUUUGGAGAAAGAGAUGGAAUUAAAGUUGGACACACUUUACUGUCAGUAAAUGGUGUCCCAGCAGAGGGGCGCUUUUUGAAGAGUGAUGGUCGGGACAUCAUGGAUAUCAUUGCUGCAGAAGAAAAUUACCCAAUUAGUCUCAAGUUUGGACGUACAAAACUGACUACAAAUGAGAGAAUCAUGUUAGCCAGUAUGUUUCACUCACUGUUUGCUAUAGGAUCACAACUGUCCCCUGAACCAAGGAGCUCUGGUAUAGAAGUACUUGAGACGGAUACUUUCAAACUCCACUGUUUCCAAACCAUGACAGGCAUCAAGUUCAUCAUUUUGGCUGACCCGCGGCAGAUGGCCGUGGACGUGUUACUUAAAAAGCUGUAUGAAGUCUACUCCGAUUUUGCUCUCAAGAACCCAUUUUACUCCUUAGACAUGCCAAUAAGAUGUGACCUGUUUGACACCAAUCUUCAACAGGCGAUAGAGCAAUCGGAGAGACUGGGUAUCAGUAAUAUAUGAUCUGGGUUGAUAUACACUCAUCUUCAUCUGGACUCAAACACUUCAGAAUCUACAGUAAUACCUGCCAGAGGCUUACGAAUCUACAGUAAUACCUGACAGAGGCUUACUGAAUGUUUCCGGAUGUUCAGUUCUGUACAUGUACUUACCUGAAAUCCAUGGGUUCAACUCUCUGUACAUAUAUUUUCUCUGUGAUCCUGGAAUAUGUCAGGACAAAAUUGAAGGCAAACAAAGAGCUAUUUGAUUGGUUCCAGGUAAAAAACACCUGAAAAAUCCCUAGUUAGCCUGAUACCGUUCCUUUGAAGAUUACAGAGGAGCUGCAUCCAACUUCAAAGCCAGUUAACUUGAUUGUUUGGCUGCUUCACAAUUCCUUUUGAUGUUUAUCAAAGACAUCAUCCACAAGGUGUCAAUUUGGUUUGGUUUUGUUAUAUUUUGUUUAACAUCCUAUUAACAGCUAAGGUCAUUUAAGGACGUGCCUCCAUGU